AUGGUCCUGGCACUCAGCCCUGCGCCCCCUCCCCAAUUUUCCUCACAGGGGACGGUGACCGAGGACAAGAGCAACGCGUCCCACAUCGUCUGCCCCGUCCCCGGCAACCUGGAGGAAGAGGAGUGGGUCCGGCCGGUCAUGAAGCGCGACAAGCAGGUCCUGCUGCACUGGGGCUACUACCCUGACAGCUAUGACACCUGGAUCCCCGCCAGCGAGAUCGAGGCCUCCGUGGAGGACGCCCCGACACCGGAGAAGCCCCGGAAGGUCCACGCCAAGUGGAUCCUGGACACGGACACCUUCAACGAGUGGAUGAACGAGGAGGACUACGAGGUGACGGACGAGAAGAGCCCCGUGGCCCGCAGGAAGAAGAUCUCGGCCAAGACGCUGACGGAUGAGGUGAACAGCCCCGACUCGGACCGACGGGACAAGAAAGGGGGCAACUACAAGAAGCGAAAGCGCUCGCCCUCCCCCUCGCCCACCCCCGAGGCCAAGAAGAAGAACGCGAAGAAGGGACCCUCCACCCCCUACAACAAAUCCAAGCGCGGGCACCGCGAGGAGGAGCAGGAGGACCUGACCAAGGACAUGGACGAGCCCUCACCUGUCCCCAACGUGGAGGAGGUCACCCUGCCCAAGACAGUCAACACCAAGAAGGACUCGGAGUCUGCGCCCGUCAAGGGGGGCACCAUGACAGACCUGGAUGAGCAGGAGGACGAGAGCAUGGAGACGGCCGGCAAGGACGAGGAGGAGAACGGCACCGGGAGCAAGGGGGAGCAGGCCAAGAACCCCGACCUGCACGAGGACAACGUGACGGAGCAGACCCACCACAUCAUCAUCCCCAGCUACGCCGCCUGGUUCGACUACAACAGCGUCCACGCCAUCGAGCGCCGAGCCCUGCCCGAGUUCUUCAACGGCAAGAAUAAGUCCAAGACCCCCGAAAUAGCAAACUUAGCUAUUAAAACUCUUGAUAUGUUUCCCCCCCCCGGCCACGUCCCCAACGUCCCCUCUCCUCCUCCCCCCCGGCAGCAGACCUCGGCCUCGCAGCAGAUGCUGAACUUCCCUGACAAGAGCAAGGAGAAACCGGCCGACAUGCAGAACUUCGGCCUCCGCACCGACAUGUACACCAAGAAGAACGUCCCCUCCAAGAGCAAAGCCGCCGCCAGCGCCACGCGGGAGUGGACGGAGCAGGAGACGCUGCUGCUGCUGGAGGCCCUGGAGAUGUACAAGGACGACUGGAACAAGGUGUCGGAGCACGUGGGCAGCCGGACGCAGGACGAGUGCAUCCUGCAUUUCCUGAGGCUGCCCAUCGAGGAUCCUUACCUGGAGGACUCGGAGGCCUCGCUGGGCCCGUUGGCCUACCAGCCCAUCCCCUUCAGCCAGUCGGGCAACCCCGUCAUGAGCACCGUGGCCUUCCUGGCCUCCGUCGUCGACCCCCGCGUCGCCUCCGCCGCCGCCAAGUCGGCCCUGGAGGAGUUCUCCAAGAUGAAGGAGGAGGUGCCCACGGCCUUGGUGGAGGCCCACGUGCGGAAGGUGGAGGAGGCGGCCAAGGUGACGGGCAAGGCCGACCCCGCGUUCGGGCUGGAGAGCAGCGGCAUCGCCGGCACCACCUCGGACGAGCCGGAGCGGAUCGGUGAGGAUGGCGGAGUCCUACAGGGCACCCUAUGGAGAGGUGGGAUGAGAGCCAUGAGGGGAGGGGACAAGUCCCCCGAGGAGGACACGGUGCUGAGACUUCCCCCCCCACGUUGCCCCACAGAGGAGUUCUCCAAGAUGAAGGAGGAGGUGCCCACGGCCUUGGUGGAGGCCCACGUGCGGAAGGUGGAGGAGGCGGCCAAGGUGACGGGCAAGGCCGACCCCGCGUUCGGGCUGGAGAGCAGCGGCAUCGCCGGCACCACCUCGGACGAGCCGGAGCGGAUCGAGGAGAGCGGUGCGGAGGAGGCACGGGCGGAGGCACAGCCGGUGGAGGAGAAGAAGGAGGUGAAGGAGCCCCGGGAUGGAACCGCUGAGGAGGAGGUGAAGGAGAAACCCGGGGAGGCACCCAAGAAGGAGGAGGAGAAGGGGAAGGAGGCAGAGGGUGAGAAGGAGCCUGAGAAGGGUGAUGGCGAGGGUGCAGGGGAGCCCGAGAAGGAGAAGGAGGCGAAGGAAGGGCCGGAGGAGGCACCCAAGGAGCCACCGGAGCCCGAGGGCGAGCGCAAGGCCAAGGUGGAGCGGGACAUCGGGGAGGGGAACCUCUCCACCGCCGCCGCCGUGUUUGUGUGUGUGAUUCUGUCUCUCUGUGUGUGUCUAUAUCACUUGGCAGCCGUGGAGGAGCGUAAGAUCAAGUCCUUGGUGGCUCUGCUGGUGGAGACGCAGAUGAAGAAGCUGGAGAUCAAACUGCGGCACUUCGAGGAGCUGGAGACCAUCAUGGACCGGGAGCGCGAGGCC